AUGAGUAGUUGCCAAAAGUGCCUGUCAACAGGGCGCCUUUGCGAUGGCUAUGAGGAUAUAGAGAAUUUACACGACGAGCUGGCUGCCUACGCUCUGUCACAGGUGCCAUCUACCUGGGACUUUCUUUCUCAAGAUGUAGGCGAGAACGAGAAUUUCUUCUUUUUCCGUUCUUUCACUACGUUCACUUUGGCUGGAUUCUUCGACACCGGCUUUUGGUCUCACCGGCUACUACAGGCCUCUCAUCAUUAUCCGGCUCUCCGGCAUGGCAUGGCCGCACUGGCAUGCAUCCAUCGCGAGUAUGCGACCGAUAGCACCCCGUCCACUCAGUCACGCAUUGGUGAGAGCCGAAAUAUGGAGUUUGCUUUGAGGCAGACGAAUAAAUCCAUUCAAUCUCUUUUGAGACUGCUAUCGGAGCCAGUGCUAAAUAACGAGGAUCAAAUGGUCGUGCUAGCCACCUGCAUUCUUUACACCUGUAUAUGUAGCCUGCAGGGCCGUCAGUACCAGGCCUUUAUGCAUAUCAACAACGGGUUAAAGCUUUUUCAUCAGUGGGCAGUGGGUCAGAAACUUCGCAGUCAGCCAGAAGCAUGGAAGGGAGCUGAUAUGCUUUUACUGGCUUUCAUCCGGCUCGACUCACAGGUGCGUCCAUAUUUACUGGGCCAAACCGCCUCUCUUGGUUGGAACAAUAACCAAAUAGCUCCAUCACCCACUACCGCCCCAUUCACCAGUUUACUCGAGGCGUAUGUAUCAUUGGAGGCCUUGUUCAAUCGCAUCAUGCGAUUCUUCCUCGGACAGGACACCCAGGACCCGUGUGUACAGUCCAAAACCGUGGAAAAGGAGAUGUAUCUACGACUCCUGCAUGAUUGGGACAUAAGUCUAGCCAGCCUGUUAAGUACUGCCCCCCAAUCCGACGAGGGCCGAGCUUUGGAUCUCCUUUCAGUCCGGCGCAGAUUUACCAAGCUUCUGCUAUGCGCAGACUCAACUCAAAGCGAGCUGGCCCCGGACGCUUGCCUUGACGAUUGUAUAAACAUGAUUGAAUCCAUCACCCGGAUUCUUGAGGAUUCAAAGCAACGAGCGCUGCGACGAUACGAACAUGCCGAGCAGGCGACAUCCGUAAACUUCAGUUUGGAGACUGGAAUCGUCGAGCCCUUGUUCUGGGUCGGGGUCAAAUGUCGGUCUUACUAUUAUAUUGAGGGCGAUCUGGGAGUCAAUCCGAGACACGAAUUCUGGUACGGGCUAUCUUACCCAACAUUUUCCAUUGAGGGAAUGCCAUUGAAGUCAAACAAGAAGAGCGUUGCUCCCCUACCGGACAAGAGGAAGGCUAUCCAACCAGGCGGACAUCCGGACCUCUACGAAGUUCUCGCUACCGUGCAGUUCAAGGUAACCAACACGGGCAAGCUGGCGGGUGCAACCGUUCCUCCACUCUGCGUAGCCUUCCCGCAAAGCACCACCCCAGCUGAAACCCCGGUUGAGGUGCUUCGAGGCUACGAAAACGUCCAUAUGAAGGCUGGUCGUGGCCAAAUUGUCAAGUUCUAA